AUGGGAAUCGAGAAGGAGGAGAAAGGAGACCGGAAGCACAAACACCGGAAGCUGAAGAGGCUGAGGGACGAUGGACACGCUUUGGCCGGAGGAGACUCCCACCACCUGACGAGCAGCACAAAGCCAAAUAAAUCUGCAGAGAAAACCGAUAAUGGAAAGUCUAAGAAGGUCAGAACACCGAAGAAAGAGACCCACGAGUCAGCCAACGGUUUCAGCGAUGUGGUGAAAGAGGAGCCAGAGGAUGAGGACUUUGCCGUGAAGAAGAAAGGGUUGAAAAGGAAAAGAAAUAAAGAAGACCACUCGGAAGGUUCCUCACAUCCCACUGCAAAAACUACCUCCAAGGGGGAAAAAAGGCAACUUGAGCAGGGCGAUGAAAGUGCCGGAAAUGCUCAGAAAAAGAAGUCAAAGAAGAGGAAAGGAGAGGUAGUAAAGAAGGAGGAAGGAGAGCACUCAGUGUCCAAAAAACCUAAGAGGACAAAGCAGCAGGCGGCAGAGGCAAAACUGCUGAAGAUUAAAAAGAAGGAAGAGGAGGAGCAGAGUCGCUGGAGAUGGUGGGAGGAAGAAAAGUACGAAGAUGGGGUGAAAUGGAAGUUCCUGGAACACAAAGGGCCGUCCUUCCCCCCUGAGUACCAGUCUCUACCUGACGACGUUCACUUUCUCUACAAAGGUCAGAAGGUGAAGCUGGGCCUGGCAGCCGAGGAGGUGGCACUGUUCUUUGCCCAGAUGCUGGACCACGAGUACACGACCAAAACGGUCUUCAGAGAGAACUUCUUUCAAGACUGGAGGAAGGAGAUGACCCAUGAGGAGAGAUUACUGAUUCAGGAUCUUGACAAAUGUGACUUUGGAGAGAUCCACGCGAUGCACAAAGCCAAGGUGGAGGUCCGGAAAAACAUGAGCAAGGACGAGAAGCUGGCGUUGAAAGAAGCCAAUCAGAAGAUAGUGGAAGAGUAUGGCUUCUGUAUGCUGGACCACCACAAAGAGCGAAUCGGCAACUUUAAGAUUGAGCCUCCAGGGCUGUUCAGGGGCAGAGGCGAACACCCCAAGCAGGGCAUGCUGAAGAAGAGGAUCCAGCCAGAGGACGUCAUCAUCAACUGCAGCAAAGAAGCGUGUGUCCCGCUGCCCCCUGCUGGUCACCGCUGGAAAGAGGUUAGGCAUGACAACACUGUGACGUGGCUGGCCAGCUGGACUGAGAACAUCCAGGGCUCCAUCAAAUACAUCAUGCUCAACGCCAACUCAAAACUCAAGGGAGAGAAGGACUGGGAAAAAUACGAGAUCGCCAGGAAACUGAAGACAUGCGUGGACAGGAUCCGUAACCAAUACCUCCUGGAUCUCAAGUCUAAAGAGAUGGUCACUCGCCAGAGAGCCGUGGCCCUCUACUUCAUAGACAAGCUGGCGCUGAGGGCUGGUAAUGAGAAGGAGGAGGGAGAGACGGCAGACACGGUGGGCUGCUGCUCGCUCCGUGUCGAGCACAUCACCCUGCACGAGCUGCUGGACGGCAGCGAUUUUGUGGUGGAGUUCGACUUCCUGGGUAAAGAUUCCAUUCGCUACUACAACAAAGUCCCCGUCAUCAAGAAGGUUUUUAAGAGCCUUAAACUCUUCCUGCAGAACAAACAACCUGGAGAUGACCUCUUUGACCGACUCAGUACAGCCCUGAUGAACAAGCAUCUCAGUUCCCUGAUGCCGGGUCUGAGUGCGAAGGUCUUCAGGACGUAUAACGCCUCCAUCGUCCUGCAGCAGCAGCUCAAAGAGCUCACAAACAAGUCUGACAAUGAGUCGGAGAAACUGCUGUCGUACAACAGAGCGAACCGAGCAGUUGCUAUUCUCUGUAACCAUCAGCGGGCGCUGCCAAAGACCUUUGAGCAGUCCAUGGCAAAUCUACAGGCCAAGAUUGAUGAUAGAAAGGAGAAGCUGGCCCUGGCGAAGACGGAGCUGAAAGCAGUCAAGAAGGAGGCCAAGCACAAGGACACCCCAGACUCAAAGCUGCAGGUGCUGGUGGAGCGGAAGAGGGGAGCGGUGAAGCGCGCUGAAGAAGCGCUGAUGAAGAUGGAGGUCCAGGCGACUGAUAAAGAGGAGAACAAACAGAUUGCACUCGGUACCUCCAAGCUCAACUAUCUGGACCCACGCAUUAGUGUGGCCUGGAGUAAGAACAUGGAGGUACCUGUAGAAAAAAUAUAUAAUAAGAGCCAACGGGACAAGUUUGCCUGGGCCCUGGACAUGACGGAGCGCGACUUUGAGUUCUAACUUCAAACUUCUGGAACUGUGACGCAAUUAAGGAACCAUUCACUUUA